AUGAACAGAAGGGAUCUUUCCAGGAACAAGAUCAGCGGUUUAGAUGCUCAGAUGUUCAAAAGCCUGACUUCUCUGGCAAAACUAGAUAUAAGCCACAACAAGAUUUCUACAUUAGAAGAUGGAAUAUUUGAUAAUUUAUUUAAUUUAAGUGAAAUAAACUUAAGUUUGAAUCCAUUUACUUGCGACUGCAAACUUUCCUGGUUGCCCCGCUGGGUGGAAGACAGAAGAGUUAAGGUUCUGCAGGCGUCAGACACCAGAUGUGCCCACCCCGCCGAGGUGGCAAACCUUUCUCUCUUCAACGUUUCCUUCGUCGGCGCUGCUUGCGGAGCUCAAUAUAUAGCAUGUCUGACGAGCAACGACACGGGAGAGGCUGAGUUCGUCAUCCUCUUCACGUCUCUUUUCCCUGGGAACCUCACUGAGGAGACCUGCAGUGCCCUCUGCUACGCCGAAGACCAGGACUAUGGAGGCUUCAGCGCGCAGGGGCUGUGUUUGUGUGGCACUGCCCACGAAGCGAACUCUUCCUCCGACUGUUUGCCCUUUUGCACUGAGCACUUGUCCGGGCAGGUGUGCGACGGACCGUCCCUCGUCCCCUCUCCCUUCCAGGCACGGCUGUUUGCGUCUUUCACAGCCCUUCAGCCCCGGUACAGCCUCCACCAGCCCGUGCUCCUCAAUGUCAGUAUUCCUGUUGCUGCCAGCACUUUACAGUGGGAAUUUGGGGACCACUCCGAGGUUCUCAACACCACUGGGAAUGCAGCUGUCCACACCUAUGUCUUACCCGGACGGUACAAUGUCACUGCCACCCUCUUUGUUGGCACUAAGGUCUCCUACGUGCAGGCAGAAAUUGAAGUGGUGGCUUCACCCCAAGAGGUAGAGCUGCAGUGUCCUUCCCUGCUCAAGGCAAACGAGAGCCUGGACAUACGGAUCCGCAACAGAGGUGGCACCGGCCUCGUGGUGACCUACAGCAUCACGGCAGAGCUGGGCCGAGCAGUUCACCCGCUGUGCCCCCCGGACGGCUUGGUUUUCCCGGGCAAUAACCACUGCUACCGGCUGGUGGUGGAGAAGGCCGAGUGGCUGGAGGCGCAGCAGCACUGCCAGGAGCGCGGCGGCGGCGACCUGGCCUUCGUCAGCAGCCCCGAGAUCCAGAGCUUUCUGGUUGCUCGUGUGAUCAGGAGCCUAGAUGUCUGGAUCGGAUUCAAUGAUUUUGCAAGCACUGGAGCACAACAGAGUGGUGAAGGAUUUAAUCUGGAGAGCUGUCAGAAUUGGCUGCCAGGAGAGCCCCAUCCAUCAAAUGCUGACCACUGUGUCCGGAUGGGCCCGACAGGCCAGUGUAACACGGACCUGUGCAUGGCCAAGCACAGCUACGUGUGUGAGUACAAGCCUCAAGGAAUUCUCUUAAAUGCCGAAAACUUCUAUGUGGGAGACCCCGUGUUUGCCACUCACGAGGCCGUGAAAGAUGUGGCGGAAGAUGUGGUGUCAGCCCCAUCGCAGGCUGCGGAGGUGAUGGUGUUCCCGGAGCUGCCGUUCGAGCACGACGGCGUGUUGGCCGCCCUGGAGUUCGUGACGCGGGAGCUGCGCCAGCCCGUGGCGGUGACGUUGCGAGUGCACCGGCCGACGCGCGGACACGACGACCAGGAGAAUGCUACAAACCCAGUCUACACCUCGCAGGACGGUGGGAACUGGACUCUGCUCGAAUGUCCUGCUGGUUUCCAGUGGUGUCGUUUGACUGAUCUGUGCAUGUCGCUGAACAACUGCUGCAACGCGACAGAGUGCACCAACAGUUCUCUUGCCAGCAGUCCCAUCCCUGCUCCCCUCCAGCGCAACGCAAGCCAACUUAGUUAUGAACUCGUCAAGGAAUUUCUCUUUACAAUACCAGCUGGCCCUUCCUCCCCAUAUCUGGUCACGUUCAAAGAAGAAAUCAUCUCUGUCAGGGCCAAGGAUAUCUUCAGUAUUCAGCACAGCGCAGGCUUGGGCUUCCUCCUCCCCUGCCAGCCAAAUACCAGCGCCCCUUCCAGACUGAACUUCCUAAGCACAAACUCUUCCGAGUGGGCGCGUGGGCUGUCUGCCAGCUUCAGCGGUGCCACCUGGGCACACGGCACUGCUUGCUCUCUCAGGGUCCGCUAUGCCGAGGAACAGCUCGUCCCGAUGAUCCGCCCCCACAACGCGGGACUGGAGCAUCCAGGACGCUACACGGUCAGAGCCAACGUGGACAACGGGGUCUUCCGUGCCAACCUGUCCUGCAGUUUCUGGGUCACCUCCCGGGUGUCAGGCCUGCGUGUCAUCCACCCCGCUCCUCAAGGCGGCAAGGUCUACGUGCCGUCCAACCACACCACCCUGGUAGUCAAACUGUCCUCGGGGGUGAACGCGACGGCCAGCUGGCUGGGAGACAGCCGCCCCUUCCCCUUCGAAGGGGCCUGCCCGGCAGCGCUGGCACCGCAGGUGGCAGACUGUGCUAGAGAGACCAACGACACCUGGUUCGCGGUGGUCAGCCUGAGCAGCCUCCCCGAGGGACUCAGCACCCACGUGCUUGUCGCGGAGAACACCGUGAGUUCCCAGAACAUCACCAUCACGGUGAAGGUGGAGGAGCCCAUCCGGGGGCUAAGAGCCACCCCCGACCCCGAGAGCAGGGUCCUGCUGAACACACGAGUGAGCUACGUGCCCAUGAUGGAAGCUGGGUCAGAUGUGACUUUCCGGUGGACAGUAGAUGAUAAGCCAUCUUUCACUUUUUACAACGUUGUCUUCAACGUUAUCUACCAAAGCCCAGCUGUGUACAAGCUUUCGCUCACCGCCUCCAACCACGUCAGUAACUUCACGGUCAAUUACAACGUCACGGUGGAGCUGAUGAACAAGAUGAAGAACCUGACUGUGCUGGGCAUCCUGCCGGUGCUCCCGCAGAACAGCACUGUGGAGCUGACGGCACGAGUUCACGUCGAUUCUGCUGUGGAUGCGCAGUUCCUGUGGGAUUUUGGAGAUGGUUUCCAGGAGACCCACCAGUUCAAACCUCCUUACAACAAGUCCUUCCGUGUUCCUGAUCCCAGUGUCCACGAGGUUGUAAUAGAGCACAACGUAUCACACACCUAUCAAGAGCCAGGUGAAUAUGCGCUGAUGGUUCUAGUUUCAAACCAGUUUGAGAACCUCACCCAUGUGGCCCCAGUUUACGUCCACAGUUAUUUGAUUGAAGUGAAGAUGGAGACAGAUGAGGAUGUCCUAGUUGUGAACCGUCCCGUCACCUUCAGAGCCAGUCCCCUGCCGUCUCCCUAUGGCGUGGUCUACGCUUGGGACUUUGGGGAUGGGUCCUCAGUGUUCACGGAGGACCAGCCUACUGCGACAUACAGCUACCCCCAAAGAGGGGUGUACAACGUCACCGUGACAGUGAACAACACCAUCAGCAGCGUGGAGACAGUUGAGUGCUACCAAGUGUUUGAGGAGAUAACUGGGCUCCGGGUUUCGGCAGACGAGGCAGCAGAGCUGGGUGCAGCUGUAACCGUUAAUGCUUCCGUGCAGACCGGGGACGGCAUCACCUGGAUAUUUGAUAUGGGAGAUGGGACCGUGCUGAGGAGCUACGUGCCCGUGGUGGAGCACAUGUACGUAAAGGACAUCAACUGCACUGUGAACGUGACAGCUGUGAAUCCUGUGAACUCUGUCUCCCAAGCUGUGCCUAUUCGGAUAUUUGUCCUGGAAGUACUCAAAAUAGAGCCUACCUCUUGCAUCCUCGAGCAUCCGGAUGUACAGCUCACAGCGUAUGUGACAGGGAAUCCUGAGGAAUAUAUCUUUGAUUGGACCUUUGGGGAUGGUUCGUCCAACGUCACCGUCAGUGGGGACCCUGUUGUGAUGCACAACUUCACCCGCAGCGGGACGUUCCCGCUCUCGCUGACGCUCUCGAGCAGGUUUAACAAGGCUCACUACUUCACCAGUGUGUGUGUGGAGCCAGAGAUAGUCAACGUCACGCUCCUUCCUUCCAAGCACUUUGUGAGGCUUGGUGAGGAGAUCGCUUUCCAGGUCAGUGCCGUGCCGCUCUAUCAGUACCGCUACCGUUGGGAUUUUGGGAACAACGAGUCCACUAGAUCAAGUGGUACUGAGGUCAGCUACACCUACAAGAACACGGGGGUCUUCCUGGUCACAGUGACUGUCUCCAACAAUGUCUCAUUCAACAAUGACACAGCAUUCGUGGAGGUCCAGGAGCCUGUUGGGGUAGCAAAGAUUGAACAUAACGGAACCAGGGUUUUGGAGCUGAACCAGAUCUACCUGUUCUCUGCCAGCAUGAAUGGAACCAAAGUAAGUUAUCACUGGGACUUUGGAGAUGGCACUACCCAGCCUGGCCAAAUCACUACCCACUCCUACAACACCACGGGCUGCUACACUAUUAGUGUGACAGGCGAGAAUGACGUGAGCCUCAACGAGACCCGGCUCGAUGUCACAGUGAAACCUCGGCUCCAGGGGCUCACCGUCAAUGCCAGCAGGACCGUGGUGCCACUGAACGGUUCAGUGAGUUUCGUGGCCACUCUUGUGGCUGGCAGCGCCAUCCGCUACUCUUGGAUCCUGUGUGACCGGUGCACUCCCAUCCAAGGCUCCUCCACCAUUUCCUACACUUUCCGGUCCGUGGGCACGUUCAAUGUCAUCGUGACCGCGGAGAACGAGAUCAGCUCUUUGCAGGACAGCAUCUACGUCUAUGUCCUGGAGCAGAUCGAAGGCCUGCAGGUGGCCAGCAGUGACCUACUGGAGGAUGUUUAUUUCCCCACUAACAAAACGCUCCAUUUGCAGGCAGUGGUGAGGGAGGGGACGAACAUCUCCUACAGCUGGGUAGCCCAAAAGGAUGGCAACGCUGUGCAGACCUUCACCGGGAAAACCUUCUCCUUGAACGUCGCAGAAGCUGGGAAUUACACCGUGUAUCUGAAAGCCACUAACAUGCUGGGGUGCGCAACCACUAACAGGACACUGGAGUUCAUUGAAAGCAUUGGCCUUCUGAAACCUGCUGCCUUCCCCAACCCGGCUGCUGUUAAUGCCUCUGUCAACAUAAGUGCCACCAUAAGCAGUGGCACUGGCGUCGUAUAUUCUUGGUUCCUGGAGGAUGGCUUCUCUCUUGUUACCUCUGAACCCUUUAUCAUACACUCCUUCCAAAGCCCUGGAGAUAAAGAGGUCAUCGUUGGAGCAGAAAACAAGCUGGAUUCCACCAAUGCAACAAUUUAUGUCCAUGUAGAGGAGCCCAUAGAGGGCCUGAGUAUAGGGACUGCAGAACCGGACUGCAGGUACGUGUCAUCAGGCUCCACAGUGGUAUUUGAGGGAGAGCUGCAGAAGGGGACUGACGUGACCUGGCUUUGGGACAUGCCAAAUGGCACACUGACCGGCCAGUCUGUGGCAGUCAUGUUUCCUACAGCUGGAUUUUACACCGUUUAUCUAAAUGCAUCCAAUGAUAUCAGCUGGGCUCUGGCCAGCAGGAAUAUCUCUGUGCUGGACAGAAUUCAAGGGCUGGAGGUUUUUGCCAGCAAGAAGGUGGUAGAGCCAGGGGAGCAGGUUACCUUUGUGAUCAAGAUGUUGUCGGGUACCUCUGUGAGUUACUUGGUGAGCAUAAGUGGGGACUACUCCGUGGUGCUCAACGGGUCCAGGUACACACACGAGUUCACCAAGAGCGGCGAUUACUUGGUGACUGUGACAGUGCAGAACCAGAUCAGCAUCGCCCAUGCCCAGGUGCUCAUCGCGGUCUUGGAGGCCAUCCGGGACGUGCGGCUCCUGAACUGCUGCGAGCAGGGCAUAGCCACGGGCACGGAGAAGGUGUUCGGCGCCCAGGUGGGCAGCGGCUCUCGUGUGUCCUUCUCUUGGCAGUUCUCCCUGUGCAAAGAGCAGGGCUGCUCUGUGGUCACCAUGGCAGGAGAGAGUGUUUCCUACACUCCAGAAGCUGCAGGGCUGCUUGAGAUUCGCCUCUACGCCUUUAACGAUUUGGGAGGCAUCAAUGUCACGAGAACCAUCCAGGUCCAGGACCCCAUAGUCCAAGUCUCCCUCGCUGCCUCCAACGCUUUUGUCAACAGGACAGCGCUGUUUGAAGCAACAGUGGUGCCAAGUGGCAGGGGCGUUGAGUUCCUCUGGACCUUUGGGGAUGGCUCUUCCACUCAAAUGACUACAGUGGCAGUGGCCAACUAUUCUUACCUGAGCCCCGGGGACUACCUGGUGGAGGUGAACGCCACCAAUCUCAUCAGCUUCUUCAUAGCCCAUCUCACCAUCACGGUGAAAGUGCUGGAGUGUGAAGAGCCAGAGGUGGAGUUAGCCUUGCCCCCUCAGGUAGUCAUGAAACGGUCCCAGAGGAACUACCUGGAGGCACAGAUCGAUCUGCGAGGCUGCAUCAAAUACCAGACAGAGCACCUGUGGGAGAUCUACCGCGCACCCAGCUGCCUGCGCUUGGACGACUCCAGCAGGAUCCGUCUGCCCAGCGUCGACGUGAACAGGCCCCAGCUUGUUAUACCCAGGCUCGCCCUGCAAGUCGGGAGCUACUGUUUCGUCUUCAUCGUGUCCUUUGGAGAUACCCCGCUGUCCAAAAGCAUCUUUGCCAAUGUGACCGUGAUACCGAGUAAACUGGUCCCUAUCAUUGACGGGGGUUCAUACCGUGUGUGGUCCAAAACUCAGGACUUGGUCUUGGAUGGGAAGAAAUCUUACGAUCCCAACUUGGAUGAUGGUGAACAGACUCCCUUGUUUUACCAGUGGUCUUGUACAUCCUCCUCCAAGAGCUCGGCUGCAGGGUGCUCUCUGAAUUUCAGUGCCAUGGGAGGAAUUGUCACCAUUCCCAAAGCUGUAUUAGAAGCUGAUGUGGAGUAUACAUUCGACCUCACUGUCUGGAAGGCCGGUAUGAGUCGCGAGGCAACAAACCAAACCGUGUUCAUCAAGAGAGGAGGGGUCCCUAUCGUGUCCCUGGAGUGCGUGUCCUGCAAGGCUCAGUCCGUCUACGAGGUCAGCAAGAGCUCCUAUGUCUACCUGGAGGGGACCUGCCAGAACUGCCACAACGACUCCAAACUCGGGAGAUGGGCAGCACACAGCUUUAAGAACAAGUCACUCAUCCUGGACAAAAAAACUACCUCCACUGGCGACACAGGAAUGAACCUGGUCUUGAGGCAAGGGGCCCUCAAGGAUGGGGAGGGAUAUACUUUUACCCUUCACAUCACAGACCUCACAACCGGCGAGGAAGGGUUUGCCUCCAUCGACCUGCUCCCAAACCAGCCGCCCGUGGGAGGAUCCUGCCGCCUGUCUCCCGAGGGACCGCUCAGGGCGCUGAUGGCCAAGGUGCACUUUGAGUGCACAGGCUGGCGGGACACGGAGGACGCGGCGGCCCCGCUCGUGUUCAUCCUCGUGGCGUCGCGCCGGCGUGCCGGCCACCACGACGAGUUCUGCGUGUACAAGGGCAGCCGCGCCGAGCACAGCGCCUUCCUGCCGCCCGGCUUCCACGAGAGCGGCUUCCGGGUGGCCGUGGCCGUGCUCGUGCAGGACCAGCUGGGAGCCACCGUGGUGGCCGUUAACCGCUCCAUGGAGAUCAGCUUACCCGAGGGCUUCCCCAGCCUCUCGCACUGGCUCUACAAUCAAACUGACACCGUGCUGCAGGGCUUGGUGAAACAGGGGGACCCUCAGCAGGUCAUUGAGUACUCCCUGGCUCUCAUCACCAUCUUAAAUGAGUACGAGCGGUCGAUGCUUUUGGAACCUGAGACUGGGAAUGAGUUUGAACUCCGGACUUGGACUCGGAACAAUAUCACAGAAACCUUGAACUCGCUGAAUGUGAACACGGUUGAUGAUAUCCAGCAGAUCUCAGCUGCCUUGGCUCAGUGCACGGUGGUGAGCAAGGAGCUGGUUUGCAGGUCGUGCCUGACAAGGACCCUGAACAAGCUGGAGACCAUGAUGACCAUCCUGCAAGGGGAGACCACGCAGGGCACAGUGACGCCGACGGGCAUUGCUGACAACAUCCUCAACAUCACGGGUGACCUAAUUCACCUUGUGAACACGAUCUCACAGGAAUCAAAGCCCCAGGAACUGCUUAGUGAUGCCCCCAAUUUUCUGCUAGCUCCCAAAGCUUACAACUUGUCUUCCAGCCUGAUGCGCAUCCUCAUGAAGUCUCGAGUGCUUAAUGAAGAGCCCCUUGAGCUGGUGGGAGGAGAAAUUAAGGCCACAGGCAAGCGGUCUGACCCCUUCAACUUGCUCUGCUAUGAAAACACACCCAACUGCCAGUUCUCCAUUCCUCAGGCUUUCAACUCCACCCUUUCCAACCUGACCGAUGUCAUUCAAGUCAUGUUCCAGGUGGACUCCAAUCCUUUCCCGUUUGGUUACAUCAGCAACUACACGGUGUCCACAAAGGUGGCCUCCAUGGAGUUCCAGACACACAAUGGAGUGCAGAUCCCCAUCGGGAGCCUGGACUCCGAGAAAGCCAUCACAGUGAUGGUAUCAAACAACACAGAUGCUGACGAUCUCUCUGCUGGCACCGAAGUCAUUGAAGCGAGAACAUCUGUGAACCUCAUUGUAACUAUGGAGAGCAACAACAGAGAAGCAGGGCUGCACUUCCGGCUCACUUACAGAGUCCUGAAUGAGCACUACAUUGCAAGCGAGCCCGAGCCAUUCAUCAUGGCCUAUCUCCACCACGAGCCCGCGCCAAACGAGCACAACUGCAGCGCCUCUAAGAAAAUCAGCCUGGAGGCCCUGGCUGGAAGUGACCACAAGCUCUACACCUUCUUCACCUCCCCUGUCACGGAUGACACCACCCAGAAGUAUUACUUCAACAUCACCAACCACUUCAGCUGGUCGCCGGUGGAGGUUACGCUGGGCUUGUACACCUCGCUGUGCCAGUACUUCAGCGAGCAGGAGAAGCGGUGGAAGACAGAAGGCAUCAUCCCGCUGGAAGAGACCCGGCCGGACCAGGCCGUGUGCCUGACCCAGCACCUCACCGCCUUCGGGGCCAGUCUCUUUGUGCCCCCGAACUCCGUCCAGUUCAUCUUCCCUGCGCCAGGCCCGGGUCUCAACUACAUCGUUCUGCUGACGUGUGCUGUCUGCUUCGUGACCUACUCGGUGGCUGCACUGAUUGUGCACAAGCUGGACAUGAUUGACAUUAACCGAGUGGGGGUGAUUCCCUUCUGCGGGAAGAACGGGCUGUACAAAUAUGAGAUCCUGGUGAAAACUGGCUGGGGCAGAGGAUCAGGUACCACAGCCCAUGUGGGCAUUGCCCUGUACGGGGUGGACAGUAAGAGUGGUCACAGACAUCUGGAUGGAGAAAAUGCCUUCCACCGCAACAGCCUCGACGUGUUUCAGAUCGCAACGGAGCGGAGUCUGGGGAGCAUCUGGCGCAUCCGGGUCUGGCAUGACAAUAAAGGACUGAGCCCCUCUUGGUACCUGCAACACGUCAUUGUGCGGGACCUGCAGAGCAGCAAGAGCUACUUCUUCCUGGUCAACGACUGGCUGUCGGUGGAGAGCGAAGAGAAUGACGGCAUGGUGGAGAAGGAGGUGUACGCUGCCAGUGAGACGGAGCUGCGGAGCUUCUCGCGGAUCUUCACAGCAGAGCUGCAGCGGGGUUUCUUUGAGAAGCACGUCUGGCUCUCCAUGUGGGACCGCCCGCCGCGCAGCCGCUUCACCCGCGUCCAGAGAGCCACCUGCUGCUCUCUGCUCAUCUUCCUCUUCCUCUGUGCCAAUGCCGUGUGGUACGGCGUGGUGGGCAACGUACACCUCAGCAACGGGGCUGUUUCCAACCUGAUCCCUGUUAACGUAGACACAGUGGCUGUUGGUUUGGUGUCCAGCGUGGUGGUCUAUCCUCUCUACCUGGUCAUUUUAUUCCUCUUCCGGAUGGCUCGUGGCAAGGUCUCCAUCAACCACACCGUGACUCACUCGGACCAGCAGUCCCUGGAGAUCGACAACUACCUGGACUCUUCCAUCCUGGAGAGCUCCUUCCUCACCUUCCCAGGGCUCCGGGCAGAGGCCUUCUCGGAGCAAACCAAAACAGAUCUGUUCCUGGAGGACUCCAAAAGCCUCGUGCGGUGGCCCUCCAGCGAGGCCCUGCUCAGCUGGCCAGACCUCCUCAGCGACCCCUCCAUCAUGGGCAACACCAUCCAGAAGCUGAAGAGAGGCCGGGGCAGCCGCCACCUCGGGCUGGAGGCCCCGCUGGCGACCGAGGAGGACACCUUGUCACUGGGGGUUCACCAAGGGCAGCCCCGAUAUUUCUCGGCCUCAGAUGAGGAUCUCAUACGACAGAUCCUAGCAGAUGGAGCUGGUGGCAUCUCCCACUCCCAGGACGUGGGGCCCUACGUGAGGGCUGAAACAGAUCUGAUUUCGGGCCUGUCCAGCGUGUUCGGGGAGAAGGUUGAGACCGUCAUGAUGCAGAAGCUCAACGAGAAGGGCCAGAACGUGGCAGCCCCUCCCAGGGAAGUGAGCAGAUCAGCCAAGUCAACCUGGACAGUUGCAGACCAGACAUUCAGGAAGCGUUUGCUGCCACCCUGGUGCUCCUAUCUGGCCCAUGGCAUCUGUCUGCUCAUCUUCGCCACCUCCACGGGGGUCUCUGUGUGGAUCGGUGUGGGCUUUUCCUCCAGCGUUGCCCUCAUGUGGCUCAUCUCAGGGAUAUUCAGCUUUUUGGCCUCCUUCUUGGUCUGGGAGCCCCUGAAGGUUCUCCUGGAAGCCCUCUAUUUCUCGCUGGUCGCCAAGCGCCUGCACCCAGAGGAAGAUGACACCUUGGUGGAGCACCCGUUUGUGGAGCAUGUUUCUGAGAAGAUCAGCAAAGUCCGACCUCCGCAGGGGUUUGCGCUUUUCCAGGCCAAGGAGGAGGCCAGGAAGGUCAAACUGCUGCACAAGAUGCUGAAGAACUUCCUCAUCUACAUGUUGUUCCUGCUGGUGAUCCUGCUCACCAACUACGGAGAUGCCUCCCGCAACAGCAGGACCUUCCUCCUGCAGAGCUCCAUCAAGCAGCAGCUGGGCAGCAACGAAUUCCUCCGCAUCAAGAGGUCGGAUCAGUUCUGGGUGUGGAUGUCGCAGGUUUUCCUCCCGUUUCUCUACAACAACCGGUCGGGGCAGGAGAGCUACAGCACCACGCUGGGGGCAGCCCGGCUGCGCCAGCUCCGCCUGCGAGAAGGCGAGUGCCAGCGCACGGCUCGGGCGCUGCUGCGCGGGGCGCGCGCCGACGGGAGCUGCAGCGGCUCGGGCGGCUUCUCCACCGCCCAUUACGGCACCGGCUGGGCACGGGCGGCCGGGAACCGGACAGCAGCCUGGUCCUACUCGCCUCCCGACCUCACCGGGGUCUGGUACUGGGGUUACGUCUCCUUCUACGAUAGCGGUGGUUACGUGCAGGAGCUCGGGCCUUCCCUCGAGGAAAGCCGGGCGCAGCUCGCCUUCCUUCAGCAGCACUCCUGGAUCGACAACAUGAGCCGGGCCGUCUUCGUGGAGCUGAUGCAGUAUAACCCCAGCGUGGACCUGCACGCGGCCAUCACCCUGCGGCUCGAGUUCCUGGGCGCCGGCCAGGCCGUGGCUGCUGUCACCAUUAGCCCCUUCCCGCUGCUGCGGCUCAGCGGGGGCGUCACCCUGCAGCUCCUCAUGAUGGUCUUCCUCAUGAUGUUCGUGGUCUACUUCGUGGUGUCCGAGUCGCUGUCCAUCAAGAAGGAAGGCAGGGCCUACUUCACCCUGUGGGGCCACUAUGGCCAGUGGGUCUUCAUCCUGCUCACCACGUGCACCGUGGUGGUGCACCUCAGCCAGGCCACCCUCGCCGACCAGCAGUGGCUCAAGUACCUCAACAACCGCAAGGGCUUCACCAACUUCUACCAGGUGGCCUUCCUCAACACAGUCUUCAGCACCUUGGCUGCCUCCCUCCUCUUCCUCCUGACAGUGCAGGCCGCCCAGCAGCUGCGGUUCGUCAGGCAGUGGUCCGUGUUCGGGAAGACCAUUCAGAAGUCCGCGAAGGAGCUGGCGGCGGCGGGGCUGGCGUUCACCGUGCUCAUCCUGGCCUACACACAGCUCGGCUUCCUGCUUUUCUCCUCCUCCUCGGAGUCCUUCCGCAGCAUGGGCAGCAGCCUCCUGCUGCUCUUCGCCAUGGUGCGGGGCAGCGCCAGGCUCUGCCCCGGCCUCCCCGAGCCCUCCGGCCUCUACCACGCGUUCUGCGCCAGCUACGUGGCCCUGGAGGUGUGGAUCGUGCUGAGGCUCUUCGCGGGGGUGCUCAUCGCCAGCUACCGCGAGAUGCACUUCGAGCUCUACCGGCCGGCCUUCGAGCCGCAGGACUACGAGAUGGUGGAGCUCUUCGUGCGCAGGCUCAAGAUGUGGAUGGGCUUUAGCAAAGCCAAGGAGUUCCGCCACAAGGUGAGGUUUGAAGGGAUGGAGCCCCUGCCCUCGCGAGACUCCAGCGACUCCAAGUCCUUCCGCGGCCCCACUCCCAGCGCCGCCUCGGACAGCUCCAGGGCCUCCACGUCCUCCAGCCAGCUGGACGGGCUCAGCCUCGUGCUGAGCACCCGCGACAGCCUCGAGGUGGACGCCGACCUCCAGCGGCUCCUGUCGCUCUUCGAGAUGCUGCUGGCGCAGUUUGACCGCGUCAACCAGGUGACGGAGGACGUCUACCGCAUCGAGCACCAGCUCGAGGGCUCCCGCUGCUGCCGCCGGAGCCCGGCGCAGGGGCCGGACGCUGGGCCCCGCAGCCGCCUCCUGCGCGCCAGCAGGGGCCUGGGCGUCGCCGCGGGGCUCUCCCCGCACAAACCCUGCGCCGCGCUGGCGCCCGCCGGCAAAAAGAAGCGGAGCCUCCGCGCCAAGAACCGCGUGCACCCCACGGUCAAGUAG